GUAUCUUCAAAGCCCCCGCCCUCUCAUCUCUCAGACCACAUCACUGCUCAUUCUUUGCACGACCAUAAUGUCCGUCAGUCCCGCAGUUAUGCGCCGGCUCAUGCGCGAGCUAAACGAGCUUCAAACGAACCCUUCGGAGGGUAUUCGAGUUUCGACGGCGGAAGAGAACAUGCUCGACGUGACAGGCAUUAUUCAGGGUCCAGAGGGCACACCGUACGCCGGUGGUUACUUCAAGGUCAAGUUCAAAUUCACGGAGGAGUUCCCUGCCGCGCCGCCGAAAUGCUGGUUUGCAACGAAGAUCUUUCAUCCGAAUGUCGGCCCGACGGGCGAGAUCUGUGUCAACACUCUUAAGAAAGACUGGAAGUCGGAAUAUGGCAUUGGUCACAUCCUCGUUACCGUGAAGUGCCUGCUCAUCUACCCCAACCCCGAGUCUGCCCUUGACGAGGAAGCAGGGAAGCUCUUGUUGGAGAACUAUGACGACUACUGUUCGCGUGCAAAGUUGAUCACGAGCGUGCAUGCGACGCCAAGGGCUCCACCACCGGAAUUCAACACCCCAUUCGCCGAGGAAGACGCGAAACCCUCCUCUUCCAAGGGUUCUCCGAAGGCCGCCCCAUCUGCUCUCUCGCAGCAACCCGUUACCACCUUUGUCACCCCCUCUUCCUCCACCUCCUCCUCAAAACCGCUCUCCUCAGGCCCGCUCCAAGUUUCGCCGUCCAAUGUUGAAGAUGCCGGCCGGGAGAACGCAGGCCCAAAGCUGCCGAACAAGGACAGACACACCUCCCCCGCGCCUCUGGGCCCUGCAGACUCGAACGUCACGCCAUCGCAAGCAGUGGCAAGCGAGAAAAAGGCUGCCACCCACGCCACCCCUACUACCAAAGCCGUCAAGCGGACUGCAGCUAGUGCGACUAGUGGGGCCGAGAAGCGCAAGAAGGCUCUGAAGCGGUUGUAGUAAGACGUCAUCGUCUCUCUGCUUCUGUGCGUAAGGAUGGGAGCCGAACGAUGUCGGAAACGGCCUGGAUGGACUGUAAUAGCUGAAUGCCGUUGCAUGUCG